AGAGCACUAGUGCGAUCAGCGUGUCUGACAGAGACCAAAUGGAAAUAUAUUAUUAAUGUGUUCAAGGCCAAAGUUGACCAUGAUGACUAUAUUUAGCAUGUGUUGAUCUGACACAUCUCUGAGCCCUUAUUGAAUCUUCAUGCUCCAGUGAAACAGUGAUUUGCGGAGAGCCUCAGUUGGAUCACACAUCCCUCUCGCUCGCCCAGCAUUCGCCGAACACACUUGGAGGAAUUGCUAUGGCAACUGGUUGCUAUGGGUGAUGUGACACCACCACACACUCAUCUGCUGGAGGGAGAGGGAGUUGGACAACAAAAGCCAGGGAUGCAAAGCAAGGAGGAGAAGCUGUUAUUCUGAUCCCUGAAUGAAGCGAGGGUCCGGCUUCUGAAAAAAGUUGGGGAGACGUAUGGCUUCGGGCAGGCAGCCAUAAUGGAAAAGGAGCCUCUCUUCGUUUAUUUUCGGCGUCUGUCUGCCUCCUGCUUCUGACGGAUCUGUUUUAGCUGCUCCUCCACAACAGAAUGUAAAAUGGCUCUGAACAGGGGGACUUGUUGAAUCUGAGGCUCGCCCGUGAUGAGCCCACGCUGAGCCCGUGCUGAGGGAGGCUGCUGGAUUAGGGAGCUGCUAGGGUGCGCAAGGCUGAGGAUGGCGGAGCACCUCCACAGCAGCACGCUGUCGGCAUCGGGGGCCAAUCAGCCCAUCCCUUUCCUCACCCUGGAGCAGAAGGCGGCCUUCGUCUUUGUGCUGCUCCUCUUUAUCUUCCUGGGCCUGCUGAUCGUGCGCUGCUUCCGCAUCUUGCUGGACCCCUACAGCAGCAUGCCCUCCUCCACAUGGACAGACUAUAUGGAGAAAGACACGUUUGACUACCGCAUCGCCUGAGGGACACUGCCCGGGGUCACGGGGGCCACAGGCGAUGGCUACCUCACUGCCUCCACUGCAGAGAGGCCUGGCGUCUACACGGUACCGCCGUGCCACUCUGGUGGCGUGCGUCUGGUGGCAUGAUGUGUCAUUUUUAAGAGUCACAUGGUAUAAACGUUCACAAGUCCUCUCAUUCCAUCCGUCAGUUCUUAUGGGAUAUUUUACUGCCAGCAAAAUACCUCACACCUCUCAACACAGCUGAUAAUUGAUGUCAAGUCCAGAAGGAGAGUAUUAGCGAUGACACAUCCGUAACUUAAACUAGCCAAUUACCUGUCACAGGCUGUUCGGGUGAGCUGUUUGGCGGACCUAUGGAACCUUGUGUUCCUGCAGUGUUUAAUGAUGCAUUUGUUUUGUUUGUUUUGUUUGAUAAAAUGAGAUUAUUCCUUUACUGGAUUUAUUUGUACACUACCUUGGUAGGAUUAUAAAGUGCUUUGGUUUGAGGAUUGUGAAAUCCUCUGAGCUCUUCGUUGAGAAAGUCCUGAGCUUUCAGCCUUACGAUUCAGUGUGUUUACAGAGCCGCCAGGAGAAAACUGGCCUUGCUGUUAUUAAGCUAAAUGUCAAUCAAUGUAAUGAACCAACCACCCUCCUUGGGCAUCUGAAAGAGCACUUUGACGAGUUCCCCUCUCUCUAUCUGCCUCUUUCUCUCUGUCUCUCUCCCUUACUCUCUCUCUGUCUCUCUCUCUGUCUCUCACUUUCUCUGUCUCUUUCUCUCUCUCUCUCUCUCUCUGUCUAACUGCAGUGUGCUUUAAUAGGGUGUGUCUGAUGUUGUGCAUAUCGUUCAACAGUAUUUGCCGACACUGAAAUGAACUGUUCAUUCUGAUGGUGUGAAUUUGCUGUAGUGCACAGGCUAUCAGUGGAUUAGUGUUUGUGCGCAAAUUCUCUGGUGUAAGCUGUGGUUCUAGCUUAACUCCAUGUUUUUGAAAAAGAAAUCAAACCAAGCUCACACAAGCAAGAAAACGUGUCUAUGAUGUGCAGAGAAGAUCAGUAUUUGCCAUUCUGGUGCCUGUUUCUAUUUCAUUUUACUAUUUGCUAAUGCUUUACAGUCUGUAAAGGUGAGAUUGCUCUGUUAUUAACUUGCCCAUAUUGAGGACAGUUAUUGCCACAGUACACUAAGCUCCAGUGUCGGGAAUGACGGUCGUCAUUAUAAUGCACAUUGUGUUUUAGCUGAGUGGUGUGUGUGUGUGGGUGUGGGCCUGUGUGUGUGUGUGAGUGCUCUAAUGCGCGUGUGAUCUAUUAGAUAUUUAAUGCUGACAGACGCUAGUUUUUUCAGAAAGACCAUGUGCCAUGUGGUUCACAAGUGGGUCUUGCAUUUGUUGUGCUUUUUAUAUUUGUUUCCAAAUAAAGAUAAAUGUAUUUCUCUCAAA